AUGGAUCGCAAGAGGGCAAGCCGCAGAAAGAACGGGUACAGUAUCGAAAUACGCGAAAUCUCUACCGAUUCGACGCACGCCAGCCUGCGCGGGCCGUACUAUGCCCGAGCACUCCACCACCCACGGAUAGCGGCCCCCACUCCACCACCCGCUUCAUCCGGCCAACGCACUCCUGGGCACCACCACCAUCUCCACCGUUUUCACCAUAUCCACCACCAUACACGCAAAAUGGAAGGCUCCGCGCUUCACCUCGAGAACCGAACCCAGGUCAUAGUUUGGUACCGUUCCUCGGUCUUCUCCUUCAACUGUCGCUUUCUUUCUUCGCUCUUUGUUCUCUUCCCACACGUCGCGUUUCGUUGUUCGCCCGAACCUUCGCUUUCGCUUUCGUUCUUCUCCGCGAGAGAGCCCAAAGCUGACGUGUUUUCUUCGCUCUUCCGCUCAAUCUAA